GCAGAAAGAAUCCUCAAAGUUUGAUGCUUGCCAGUUCGUGUCAUCCGUUCAUCGGGCGAUUUGGAAGCUCACAGUCACCUGUGCUUCUUUUUACCACUGGCCCGCAAUGGCGGCCACGUGAACACCCGCCCCAGGGAAAUCGAGAUGGAGAUGCGAAACGUCUGAUCAAGAAGGCGGUCAGGCGAACACCUGCCCCCACAACAGGCUUUGUUGAGAUGGGAAUCCAACAUUUAUCAUUUGCCCAAGGUGGUUAAAGACAUGGCAAUCAAGGCAGGCGGUGGGGGUCCUAUCAUAACUGCCAGCCAAUUGCACCCCGAGGCAGGCACUCGGGCAGUAAAUCCUCUGUCCAGCAACAGCCCAAUUGCAUGCCCUGAAACACACCUGCCAAUCAACACCCACCACGUCAUCGCCAUGCCUGACAGCGCAUAUCAAGCGCCGACUCAACUGAACCCUUGGCGGCAACACCUGAGACUGAUGCCAGCCUCACCGAUUGCUAGCCGUCAGCCUGUUGCCUCAUGGGUGGCCGGCGAAUGUGAUAAAUAUGCUUGGUCCUUCAGCACUUAUGCACCCGAGGUCUGGAUUGGUCCUCAAACUGAAGUCUUGCUCUCACACUCACAACACCACCCAUUGUUGAGAGUUGCAAGCUUGGUUACACUCGUGGCAUACGACACCUCUGUAUCACUCGAGAAGACACAUCGUCCCCAGCAAUGGGAAAUACGAGUUCCACGCUUCCUGCUGGCGUAAAGCCAACGCCCAAGGAAGACAAGCCACAGCUCUUCCUAGUGGACCAAAUCCGUCUCCAUAAUGAUUUGAUUAUUCAACGUAGCGUUAGAGCCAGGGAGAUAUCAGCUGCAGGGAGAGGUUUCGAUUUCGAAGCAGAAGAAAACGAAGCCCUAUCGAGGUUGAGAACCCCGGCAUUUCACGAGUUCCACCCGUCGGCGUGGACUCUGAACCUAACCACGCUGGACGUGCACAUUCAAAGCCUUGAGGAGAAAGAGGAGGAGCAGUUGAGGUCCAUCAACUCAUAUCUCCUCUGGGGGCCGAGAGGCGAGGGCGAGAAGGAGCUGAUCGACCGGCAUAUCCAAAGCCUCGAGCGGGACCUCGAGACUGUCUGGGACCAGCUCGUCAUCUGCCGCGCCAUGCGCAGGCUCCACGCCGAGAACACGCACAGGUUGGGCCGCUGGAAGAGCCUCGGCUGCGCGUGCUGUGAGGAGUGGCUGUCAGGAGCGUGGAGUGCGGCGGAUGGCGGGACUAAGUCAUGACGGCGACGACUCAGGAGAGUGUUUCUUUUACAGAAGUUCGAUGGCAUUGUAUUUUGAUAUUCGAGAUUGUAUUCAAGAGAGGCGAUAGCAUCCUGAAAGCGGGAAAUACGGAGCCGUAUAAUUACUCCAUUCCAACGGGGACACAAUGCGUGGUGGAGAAUGCCCCUCGAGCAA